AAAAACAUUUCUUAACCUUCAACCUCAUGCAUGGAUUGGUGGGCCCCUCUAACCCCCUAUUGCCAGCAUCAGAAAUGACUCUCAUUUAUUUUGCCUCUCACUUAGCCAAAACCGUUUCAUAUGACACAGUCAAACUCUAUUUGGUUGCUGUUCAAGACCUCCAUCGUGAGUGCAACUUACCGCUCCAUAUCAACAAAAUGCAUCGUCUUCAAAAAGUCCUGACAGGUAUAAAACGCCUAGCCCCCUUAACAAGACGCGAUCGCUUCCCGAUCACUACCCAAAUCCUCACUGCAAUCCACAACUAUCUCCGCCCUGCACUGAGUACUAAUUUAGACCAUAUUAUGCUUUGGGCAGCCUUCACCCUAGCAUUCUCCGCCUUUUUACGUACUAGUGAGUUCACCUGUAAUGGCCCCUUCAACCCUGAGGUUCAUCUCACUUCCCAAGAUAUAACCUUCCACCCCGAUUUGCAAUCCCCUUCCCUUAUGCGGGUUAGGAUAAAACAAUCCAAAACCGACCCCUUCCGCCAAGGAUGCACCCUCACCAUAGCAAAGUCCACCUCACCCAUCUGUUCUGUGAUGGCGAUGAAAGGCUACAUCCUCCAAGCCCAGCCUCCAGCAAGCCGUCCUUUAUUUACGUUCUCUCAAUCUGGCUCAUGGCCAACCCGCUCAUGCCUCACCAAGGAGCUCCGGUUUAUUCUACAGCAAUGCGGCUUCCCGUCCAACAACUUCUACGCCCACAGCUUCCGCAUCGGGGCCGCCACAUCUGCAGCCGCAGCAGGCGUCCCUGCAUGGCUAAUUAAAGUCCUAGGACGGUGGAGCUCAGACUGCUACGAACGAUAUAUCCAAACUCCACAAUCUACUAUUUUAACUGUACCUAAACUGUUAGUAAGCCACAGAAGCUCUCAUUCCUUAUCUUUACCUUGUAAGUAA